AAUAGACUAUCGACAUCUGAGGUUCUCUCUAAUUCUCUAUAAAUAAUCGACAUCUGAGGUUCUCUCUAAAUCAAAUUUUAUUUCUAUCACUUUUUUUAUUUACCGGAUGUGGGUUAAAAUUUUUGCUUUUUCUUAAUAUUUCUAUUUUUGAAAGAUGACAUUCAUAUUCUUCCUUCAAUGUUUUACCGUGAACCACAGUAACUAACGUACAACGAAAAGGAGUUUUGGGGCUGCAGCGAAGUGAGAAGGAAGCUUUGUGAGGUAAUCUUCGAGGAUUUGAUAGCGUAUCGUUUAGGGUUUUGAUAUUUUGCCGAUUAAGAGAUGGAAAACCCAAAGAGAUGUAAUCAUGCGGACCUACUACGAGAGUUGCCUGAUGUGUUAAUAUUUGACAUAUUUUGGAGGUUGCCAAUGACGGAUGUUGUUAGGACAUCUGUUCUAUCCAAACGCUGGAGGAACUUCUGGACCACUGCCCCCUUUCUCAAUUUCGAUAAUCGUGCUAUGUUGUUUGGUGAUGAGAGUAAGCUUCGGAAUUUUGUUAACCAGGCUUUGAUAUGCUGGAAUGGGAGUAGGGUUUUGAAAUUCCGGUUUCAUUCGCGUCAUGCGCUUGCGAGUUCAAUGUUUAAUAAUGUUGAUUUGUGGGUGAAGUUUGCCCAGAGAAAUGGAGUUGAAGAAUUACAUUUACAUGUGUGGUGCAAUUAUACAACAGCUAAGGCUGGUUUUAAUAGUAGCGAAGUUUACCGUGUGCGACCAUGCCUCUACUCAUGCUCAUCCCUAAAAGUGUUAACACUCCAAUCUUGUAACUUGGAGUUUUGUGGAAAUGUGCAGUGGAAUCAACUCAAGUGUUUAAAGAUUAUUAGUAUAUGGGCCACUGCAGAUGUGAUUAACCAAAUAUUGUCUGGUACUCCUCAGUUGAAAGUCUUUUACUUGACUUAUGUUGACAAAGGUGGAAACUUGAGUAUCCAAUCUACUAGUUUGAAAGAGCUGUAUAUUCAAAAGAACAUUUUAACCCGUGAAGAUAUACUUGUGGUUUCCGAGCUGAGAAUCUGUACCCCAAAUCUUGAAACAUUAGAAAUUAGAGGAUUUCCAUAUAAGAAGUAUUCACUGGCGGAUGUCUCAUCUUUGACACGUGUAGUUCUUGGUUUGCCGACUUUUUGCCAUGUUAUGCUGACCAGGUUUUCGAACCCAUUGAGUCAAAUUCUUCCAAGCAUUCAACAAGCGGAAAAUGUGACAUUAUCAGACUGUUGCACCAAGGUGGUUGAUGCUAUGAAAAUGAAAUGUACGCGCUCAGCUUUUCCGAAUGUCAAAUCCCUAGAACUUAGAUGUAGUUUGGAUGACUACGAACAAGUAGUAGGGAUUCUUGAGAUCUUCCCUCAGUUGGAGAGAUUAGUCAUUAAAAACAUGAAAAAAGGCACUCUCAAAGAUGACACCGAGCCGCUCAAGUUUGAGGCAAUUCUCCCUCAUGAGUCCUUUCUUCUUCGGUUGAGGACAAUUGAGGUUACUUGGUCUGAGGGCUACGGCAUAUUCCCACUGAUUGAGAUUCUGUUAAAAUACGCAAGCAAGCUAGAAAAGUUUGUUUUCCAAAUAAAUGAAAUCAAGUCACCUGCACCAUCAGAUUCUUUGUUAUUGGUGUCACAGAAACUGCUCAGGAUGCGAAGAUCUUCGUCUAACUGCACGAUUGAUCUCACCAUUCUGUCAUGAGAACCGACUGGUGUCCCUUUCUUGUGUUCGGCUUGCUGGCAUGUAUCAACUUUGGUCUCAUUUUGGGAUUGCAUAUGCUUUAUUCAACCCAAUAGAGCAAUGUCUCACUUUAGGUGUAAGGUGAUGUUCUUUUAAUAUGCUAACUUCCUUGCAUCAUGAAAUUGACUAUUGAUGACACCUAGAAUGUUAUUUUAUCUUCCUUUAAUUCCCUAUGUCAAUUUUAUCCCAAACUUAUAAUGAAAUUAGUGAUGUUUUUGACAUGUAUAAAAUGCUCAAGCCAAAAAUAUUGCGAGCAA